AUGAGSUUUUUAGUGGGACUUUCAAAAGAAAUCAUGAGUUUCUUAGARUAUAAAGAUAGAAUUAGCGAAGGGGAUACCGUGAUCCUUUAUAUUGGUGCUUCCUCGAUGCAUAGUAUCGUAGUCAGUUCUUCUAAAGUCCACCAGACAAAAUAUGGCGCUUUUCCACAUGCAGAAAUGAUAGGGCGACAGUUUGGAUCAAAGAUGUUUUCCAUAAAUAAAAAAGGCUGGAUUUACUUGUUACACCCUACAUCAGAGCUCUGGACAAUAAACCUACCACACAGAACACAAAUACUGUACACYACWGAUAUCAGUAUGGCAAUAAUGAAGUUAGACAUUAAACCUGGCUCUGUUGUCAUAGAAUCUGGAACUGGGAGUGCAUCAAUGUCUCAUGCCCUCAUCAGAGCAGUUGCACCAACUGGCCAUCUUUAUACUUUUGAGUUUCACGAAGACAGAUGUAAAAAAGCAAGAGAAGAAUUUAAACAGCACAAAGUUGAUCAUCUGGUGACAAUACAACACAGAGAUGUACUUCAAGAAGGAUUUCAACUAGAUCAUGUUGCAGACGCAGUGUUCCUUGAUCUUCCCUCACCAUGGGAUGCCAUUGCUACAUCAAAGAAAGCCUUCAAGAAAAAAGGUGGUCGCAUUUGUUCAUUCUCUCCGUGCAUUGAACAAGUUCAAAGGACMUGUGAGACAAUGACAGAGCUUGGUUUUAAAGAUAUUGAAGUAAUGGAGUGUUUAUUAAAAUCAUAUGAUGUAAAGCCAGUAACAAUGCAAGUGCCUGAAUUCUCAGAAACACUCCAGCAGACUCAUGACGAUGACAGCCAAAAAGAAGUCAAUGAAACAACUACAGUCAACACAGAUGAACUUUAUUCUAGAAAAGAUAAAAAGACUGAUGACACCAAGCCUUCACAUAUCCUUAAAAUGAACAAAACAACAGUUAUGACUGCAAAACCAAUUAAAGAAAUGCCUGGACAUACAGGAUUUCUAACUUUUGCUUCUUUAUAUCCAAACCGAAUAUCCUGAGAWUCAUAUUAAUUCUAUUAGUGAUUAAUGAUAAUACUUAAUUAUAAUCAAUAUUGAUGUUUUUGUGUACAUUAGUUAACAGACAUUAUCAAAAUUGUUAGGAAAUCUAACCACUGCAUUCUGCCUCAUUAAAUGUGAAUAAUAUCGUUUUA